UUAGCGUGAUGAUUCUGAAAACUUGAAGAUGGUAAGUAGUCCCGAGUCACGGGUGGAUGCCAUUGUCAGGGUUGUCGAAGCGAAGCUUCCCUAGUCGCUCUUCCUGAACUCGGACCUUUUCCAAAUCCAAAGUAAGCUUCUACCGUGGGUCCAGGCCCCCCGCACACACUUGUUUAUCAUGAGUGGGAAUUUAAUUGGGUAUGGGGGACGGGGGCACACAAAAUUCAAGGUGCAAGCUUACGCGACAUGUUACAAUGCCACCUUGGCUAUCCGAAUAAACGAGCUUGGCCGGCUUGGCUGCGUACAAACCAGAGCAACCUCUCAGAGUAGAGUUUCAUUCACCUCACGACGGGGACGCCGAGGACUUUCCGGAGGGUCACACAUAAAAGCUUGAGAUGCCCUUUCCUUAGAUUUGUCCGGAUAGUCUGCUUGGUAUACAAGUCAAUUGCCUUGGAAUCACCGCGACCUCAAGCCGCCCAGAACGUCAAGCCUUCAACAUCAUAUAUUGUUCGCACCCAAGACAUAGGCAUCGACAUUAGCCGGCACUAACAUGUCUACCUCUACCACUUCCUACGAAGCCGCAGACCCCAUUGCAGUCGGCAUUUUGCCCACUGCUAAGCAAAGCUUGAAGGACUUGUUUAUCUGGAAACAGAGAGUCGUUGUUACUAAUGACUUCGGAGAAGAGCACACAGAAUGGCAGAGCCCAGAACCGCUCCGAAACCCAAUCUCGUUAAUGGCACAGCUGAGUGCUCGUGAUGUGAGUUACCACACCUUUUAAGCCAAGAACACAGCACAUCCCGCCACAACCACAAUUCUCUGGACCACAAGGCUUUCCUGUGCAUAUCAAAACAGAAUACUAAUAUGUUAUAGUGGGUCUUCUUUAUAGUAGGCUUUGGAAGUUGGACUGCAGAUGCGUUCGAUUUUCGUAAGUGGACGAUCUAGAAAUGCAAAUCUUGGUCUAAUGUUUUAUGCAGACGCCCUUUCAAUCCAGACCACAAAAUUCGCGAAAUACUACCACCAAUCUAAUACCAACAUUACAACUGCAAUCACCCUUACGCUUCUUCUCCGAUCAAUUGGUGCUGCCGCGUUUGGUCUCGCAGGAGACAAAUUUGGACGAAAAUGGCCUAUGGUUAUCAACAUGAUUGUUCUUGGUCUUCUUCAAAUCGCCACAAUUUACAGCCACACAUUCCAGCAGUUUUUGGCUGUUCGUAGUCUGUUUGGUCUCUUUAUGGGCGGUGUUUAUGGCAAUGCUAUUGCCAUGGCUCUUGAGCACUGCCCCACCAAUGCUAGAGGCCUUAUGUCCGGUAUAUUGCAACAAGGUUACGCAUUUGGAUAUGUGUUGGCUGCUUGUGCCAAUUUGGCUGUUGGAGGUGAAACUGACUCUUGGAAGGUGGGUUUCAAAAUACGAUCCAGUGAAGAAAAUUGACUGAUUUGGAUGUUAGACUGUUUUCUGGGCUGCAGCUGGAGCUUCCAUUGGGUAAGUUGAGAAAAAGACUUAAGCGAUGACCGACCUCUAACAAGUAAUAGAUUAGGGCUUAUUCGAAUCUGCUUCCCUGAAUCUCAACAAUUCCUCGAUGCCAAGAAGAAUGGUCACAAGAACGUCACUGCUGGAGCUUUCCUGAGAGAAACCAAGACUAUGCUCGCUAGUCAGUGGAAGAUGUGUGUUUACUGUGUCAUUCUCAUGACUUGGUUCAACUUUUAUAGGUGAGGAAAAUUCCUAGAGUACUUUGUAGGGACGACUGACUAACAAUUUCUAGUCACACUUCCCAAGAUUCUUACACAACAUUCAUGAAAGAUUCCAAGGGACUUAACAACGGCGCUGCCUCCAGAGCUUCUAUCUGGAUGAAAGUCGGUGCCUGUAAGUACUCCUUUCGCUCUCUGUAUUUAUAUAACUAACUUGUUAGGCGUUGGGGGUACAAUCUUGGGGUACACUUCCCAAUUUAUUGGUCGUCGCCGUGCCAUGAUCGGUUCCGCAUUCAUGUCCGCAUUGAUGAUACCAGCAUGGAUUCUUCCCAACGGCGAGCACGCUUUGUCUGCAACUGGAUUCCUCAUCCAAUUCUUCGUCCAAGGUGCAUGGGGUGUCAUUCCAAUUCACUUGAAUGAACUUGCCCCACCUGCGUUCAGAUCUUCAUUCCCAGGUAUCACUUACCAACUUGGUAACAUGAUUUCCUCCCCAUCAGCACAGAUUGUCAACGCUCUUGCUGAGAUGAUCCAUGUUAAAGAUGAGGGUGGACCAAGUGUUCCUGCCUAUGGUCCAGUUAUGGCUAUUGCCACAGCUAUUAUUGCCGUUGGUAUCAUGGUCACUGUCGCGCUUGGACCCGAAAAGAAGGGACGCAAGUUUGAAGAGGCCACUGUUGCUGGUGCUGGAGAGGUCAUUCCAAAAGACAUUGAGAAUGACGAUAAGGCAGUUCCUCAGCAAAUUGAGCAUGCUGAGGUUGUCAAGGGGGAUGAGAAAGUCGAGAUCGCUGCAGUCAAGAGCUAAGUGACAUAAUAUGAUAGACAUGAUAGAUACCCGUUAAUGUGUGGGAUGACUUGGGGGUAAUUCUGGGAAUCUAGCUCAGACUAGCUGGGCUUUGGUAAUUUUGCUUCGCCCCAGUGGGGUUCCUUUUUGUUGAACCAUUUUUAUGCGGAACAGUUUAGACAGCUGCUUUAGGCUCGAUGAUUGAUUUAAUGAGCUUAU